UAUUAACUUUAAUGUGGUAGGUGUGACAACAUUGUAAAUUAGAUUUUGAUGUUCCAUUAAAAAGUUAAGUCUGGUCCAAGUUCAAAUGUAAUAAUCUUUAUUAAUGCUCUUAAAAUGUACUUACCAACUCAUACCAAAACGCUACAUAAGCUUAAGACAAGGUGACAGAAAAAAGGAGUACUUCGUAAGAAAACUAAUAGGGUAUUCUAGUGAAGAAAUGUACGAUGUAAUAGCCGACAUAAAAAACUACCACAAGUUCGUUCCCUUUUGUACAAAAUCCACAAUAUUAACAGAAGAAUUGGACCAGCUUCAAGCAAAUUUAGAAGUAGGUUUUCCUCCUAUCUACGAAAACUACACUUCUUUAGUGACAUUAAAAAGGCCCGUAUUGGUACAAGCAAUUUGUAGGGAUGGACGACUGUUUAAUUACUUGGAAACAACCUGGAAGUUGACUCGAGGCCUCGAAAGCAACCCAAAGACUUGCAUAAUAGAUUUUUAUAUUAAUUUUGAGUUUAAGUCUUUGUUACAUUCGAAAGUUGCUGGCAUAUUUUUCGACCACCUUUGCAAACAGAUGGAGUCUGCUUUUAUUAAGGAGGCAGCCAAGAGAUAUGGCAUUCAAUCGUGCCCCAUUUAUUGGUUGUCUGGAGCUAAAUCGUAGAGGAUCAAUAUACAGUUUAUUUUAAAAUAAAAUUAUAUUUUUAUUAGUAAA